UUUGUCUAUGGGGGCCCAGUGUGCCAUGGCUGCAAACAGUAGGCUCCUCGGUAGUGUAUGCAGCCUGUUGAUUGUACGGGUUGCCCUAAGGGACCUUGGAGACAGCCCUUUUGGUGGAUGCUGGGGUCUGACCUCAUGGCUAUCUCCAAUUUAGGCUGCAGACAAGUAUGCGGGGUGCCUUUGGAAAGCCCCAGGGCACAGUAGCCAGGGUCCACAUUGGCCAAGUCAUCAUGUCCAUCCGUACCAAGCUGCAGAACAAGGAGCAUGUGAUUGAGGCCCUACGCAGGACCAAGUUCAAGUUCCCUGGCCGCCAGAAGAUCCACAUCUCCAAGAAGUGGGGCUUUACUAAGUUCAACGCAGAUGAAUUUGAAGACAUGGUGGCUGAAAAACGGCUUAUCCCAGAUGGCUGUGGGGUCAAAUACAUCCCUAACCGUGGUCCCUUGGACAAAUGGAGGGCUCUGCACUCAUGAGAACCUUGGCACUAUCCCUUCCCGUCAUAUUCAUGCCCACCAAUAAAUCCAACUUCCUGUCAAAAAAAAAAAAAAAAAAAAAAAAAGAAA